AGGACGAGGGCAGAGAGAGAAAGGGCAGGAGCAGAGAAGAGGAGGAUGGCGGCAGAGAGAAAAGGGACGGGGGCAGAAGGGAAGAGGACAGGGGCAGAAAGGACGGGGGCAGAAGCGAAGAGGACCGGGGCAGAGAGAGAAAGGACAGGGAAAGGAAGGAAGAGGACCGGGGCAGAGAAAAGACAUCUCGGGAAAUCCUGGCUGUUCUGAGCCAACUGCCGGAGAAGCAUGAAGCUCUCCUGAAGCACAUCGCUCAGCUGGAGGCCCAAUUGAAGUACCCAGCAGGCCCUGCAGCUUUUGAAAUGCCACCCGAGCUGAAGUCGCUGCUGGAAAGGAUGGAGAUACUGCAAACACAAAGCCAGCAGGGAAAGGAGUCUCUGCAAGAGACGCUGCAGCAGGUGGAGCAGCUGAGGGAGCAGUUUGAAAACCUGCAGCAGGGAGUGGAGAGGUUAUCCAGGAGCAGCACGGAGUUGCAGAUCUUACGCAACUUGUUGCAUCAGUUGGAUGUCAAGAAAGCCGACAAAGACUCGAUCCAAGAGGAGAUGAAUGUGAAAGCCGACAAGAGCGCGCUGGAGGCCAUGGUGAACCACGGGCAGCUGCAGUUGGCCACCAGCCAACUGAGCGAGAUGAUGCAGGAGCUGCUGCAGAAGAUGUCCCUGCAGGACAAGGACUGGCAGAAGGCCCUGGAGAAGCUCUUUGUGGACAUGGACUGCAAGCUGGACCGCCUGGCCCUGGACCCCGUGAGCCGGCAGCUGGAGGAGGUGUGGAAGUUCAUCAAGAAGUACCUGACCGAGGGCCCCCGCUUUGAUGCGGACAGCGCAGCUGGCUUCAAGAAGCAGCUCUUUGAGAGAGUGAAAUGCAUCUCCUGCGACCGGCCAGUGACCAUGAUGACCGGGCCGCACAUGAUCACUGUCCGGAAGGCCACGCUGAAGCCCCGCCCAGUCAGCGCCGGUGGCUACGAAUACCUCUUCCACCAGCAGAAAAGGGAUCAAGAUCCGAGCGAGAUGAGUGGCAACCCCCCUUUGCAGACCUGCUGGCAGUGCCAAACCCAGCAGCAAGCCUGCGCCCUCAAGCACCUGUCCCGGGCUCAGGACUUCGCCACCCUCUACCCCUAUGGGGACCCCACUGCCAUCACCUACGACAACACUGAAGUGGACAUUCUGGGGGUGAACGGAGUCCUCUACAAAGGCCGAGUGAGCUCACAUGCAGCUGAGCGGACAUUUGCCCUGCAGAAGGAAUUUGCAGCUCUGAAGAUUCCCCGGCCUCCGACGGGAGUGCGAAUGGAGAGAGUCCGCUCUGCCUUUGCGGACAUCAGUGCGGUGCCCUACCCCUCCUCUGUCCUCCAUCGAGUGGGGUCUGCAAUAGCCCACAGCAACCAGCGACCGCAACAGCUUAGCUGUGAUCCUGUGGACAGAACAGGCAUCAGUGCCGCCCUCAGCGAAAGCCACGUUCCGAACGAAAGGGACGUUCCAGGCCUGGGCAGCCAUAACUUUUAGCAGACUCCUUCCCUGAAGGCUUUGGUCAUUCCUGCCAGAUCUCCGAUGCCGUAGCGGAAGAAGCUGCUUCUUGUCCAUCUGAAACAGGGGCCACAGGCUUGCCUGGCUGUCAAAGGAGAGCGGCUGUGUCCACACUACCAUCAUGCCCGACGUACGUCAGAUGUUCAGCAGAUCAUGGGCUAACAUGGUGCUUCUCUCCGUGGUGAACCAGGAUUAAAAAACAAACAAACAUUCAUUAUGAUGACAGUGAAGACAAGUGUCGCAGGGGCCAAGAUCUGCCAGGGGUUCCAGUUUGGGCCCUGGCGUCUUCAGAAGCUUGGCCAAUGAGCCUCUCCUUUCCGCAUGGGACCCCGGAGAUAUUCCUGAUACUGUCUCAGCCUUGGCACAGGAAAGCAUUCAUCUAGAGAGAAAAUGAUUCUAUAAAGAUUCUUUUUCUA